CAGAAAAAGAAGUCGUUUUCGUGCAUGCUGAACCGCAUUCCGGGUUCCAUCGAGCCUGAACCAUAUUUUGGAUGAAUGACGCCAUGGACCGAGACGUUGCUACGAUGGCAAGCAGCAUAGAACUCUCUGUCAAGGACUACAUCAGUACCCUCACCGGUAUUCUCAACCUCCUGGAAGUGUUACUUGGCCUUCUACUCUUGCUCGUCGUGCACUACACUCGACGGGAACUGACUACGAGAGUACGUGUCUUGUUUACGAUCAACUACGCCUAUACCUUCAACGGACUACAUUUCAUCAUCGCAGGUUGCCUCUCCCUAGAGUCCUUUUCUCACCUACAGGAGCUCUUUUACUACGUCCUUUUCUUGACCUGUGCUGGUAUGGCGUACACUAUAGGCUCUGUAUGCGUGAUAAAAGAGAGCAAGUCUACUCCCGUGUUUGCGAUUCUUAGCGUUACAAUAGGAGGCAUAUACUACAUCCACGCAGUCUACGCUGUCAUCCGUUUGUUGUGAAGGUUGUGAAAUGAAGCCGAUAAUACGUGCGAAGUCACGUGGAUACGUAGAAGCCUAGGAGAACUGUUGUCAUCCCUUCUGCAUCAGGCGCUUUCCUCUGUUAUGCGUAUUGGCGAUAUACAAUAUUGUAGCUUUCUGAACAUCGUUCCACAAAACUGGAAGGACGAGAAAAUGUGUGUUUGAUAGUUUGUGUUUCAGAUUAUAUGUAUGCUGGGUUUUUCGUAUAGGCUUACGUAUUCUGUGUAUAAUUUUUAUCGAUGCCAGAUGUCUGGAAUCGACCAAUCAAUCUCAAGUCGACUCUGAUUUCGCUGCAAGAUUACUAUAGCCUU